GGGAGGGAGGUGGUGGGAGGAAGACGCGGAGUCACGGAAUCACUACCGUCCUCGAGCGGCUGCUAGUUGUCCUUCUAAGCGAUGCGUACUCGUUUAAAAAGAGCAUAGGCUCGAUGCAAAAAUGGUUAUCGCGUUCAGUUACCACUAGACCACUUGGGUGUCGAGAGAUUAUUGUUGUUGCUCAUAUUGCUUGAAGGCCAUACUACACUGUUCGAUUGGCGGUUAAGUAUUUGUAAGAGUAGGCAAGUCUCGUUUGUGCGUAGUGCGGUUCUAUUCGAUCACGUUCCCGAAUUGAGCCGAAAUUAAUUUCAUCAAAUUGCCCCCAAUUGGCUCUGCUUCAAAGGACGGAUACACGGAGUGUUUGAGUGGUAAGGAGGUGCGUGCUGGAUCGGCCUCGUCAUGGCCUCGUCGUUGAGCGUUUCACUAGCGGAGCAGGAUCUGCAACUGACCCAGUUCCGGAACUGUCGCGUACUACGCAAUCACCAGCUAGUAACGGAUGAUCUUUGGGUGCGCAACGGGAAAAUCAUUGACCCCGAAAAGGUGUUCUUCGAUGAAAAGCUAUCCGCUGAUCAACAGAUCGACUGCCACGGAGCAAUCAUCGCGCCCGGAUUCAUCGACCUACAGAUUAAUGGUGGUUAUGGAGUGGACUUUUCCUUCGAUGUCAAUACCGUCGAGCAGGGUGUAGCAAAGGUGGCCAAAGGGCUGCUAGCGCACGGAGUAACGUCCUUCUGUCCCACGCUCGUCACUUCACCUUCGGCAACGUAUCAUACGGUGCUGCCAAGGAUACCACGCCAAGCGGGUGGCCGCCAUGGGGCUACCGUGCUGGGAUGCCACGUUGAGGGACCGUUCAUUAAUACGAACAAAAAGGGUGCCCAUCCGCCGGAGUGUAUUCGCGAGUUUGAUGAGGGCAUAAAGACGGUUCGUGAGGUUUACGGUUCGCUGGAUAACGUGCAGAUCAUUACGCUUGCCCCCGAGAAGCGGGGCUCGUCGGAAGUGAUUCAGGAACUGAGCAGCAGCGGUAUAACGGUUUCGGUUGGCCAUUCCAUGGCUAAUCUGAGCGAUGGCGAGGAAGCGGUCCGGCAUGGGGCGAGGCUUGUGACGCAUCUCUUCAACGCUAUGCUACCAUUCCAUCAUCGUGACCCAGGCUUGGUGGGAUUGCUUACAACGGACAACAUUCCAAAGGAUGCUCUCGUGUACUUUGGCAUCAUCUCGGAUGGUGUGCACACGCAUCCGGCUGCUCUCCGAAUCGCCUACAAAACCCACCCGGCCGGAUUGAUAUUGGUCACGGAUGCCAUCUCUGCAAUGGGUCUGGCCGAGGGUCGUCAUCGGAUCGGACAGAUGGAGAUUGAAAUUCGAUCGGGACGUGCUUACGUUGCUGGCACGAAUACGCUCUGCGGUAGUAUCGCACCGAUGGAUGAGUGUAUCCGGUUCUUCAAAACAGCAUCCAGUUGUUCUAUCGAAUAUGCGCUUGAGGCGGCUUCACUGCAUCCGGCGCGCUGUUUGGGAAUCGAAACCAAGAAGGGAACGCUCGAGUAUGGUGCGGAUGCCGAUUUUGUGCUGCUGGACGAUGGUUUGAACGUGCAGUCAACGUGGAUUGCCGGUGACUGUGUUUAUCGGCGAGACCAAGCGACGAUCGUGUCGAACGGUAUUUGAGCAACAGAUCGGAACCAGAAUCUAAUCCACUAAGAAUCGAAUCACAUUGGAAUAAUUCUUCCUCGAAUAGAUUAGAAUCUGGUAUGAUGAUUAUUAUUUCGAAUGCAAGUGCAAAGCAAAAGACCAUUAAGUCAGAAUUGUUACAAAAUUCCAUAAUAUA